UCCGGCGCUGAACUUCCGGCAUUGAGCUCGCCGGUGGCGUGUUUACAGAAGUUGUAUCUCCUGUCACUCCGCAGCACCUGGUUGCUGCUUUGGACCUGGAGGUUGCCGAGCGUUUUGUGUGAGGCGGGACUCGCGGAGACGCCGUUGGGUUCGCCAGGUGAAAAGCCGUCUCUUCCGCUCGCGGCCGCCUCUCUCGCCAUGGACUGCCGUCGGGAUAGGAUGGUCGCGGUAGUGCCCGGACAGUUCGACGACGCGGAUGCGUCAGACAGUGAAAGCAUGGAAGUGAAGUCAAUUCAAGCAAAAGACGACAUGCUACUUCAGAACCUUCAGAAUGAGGUGACAGAGGUGAAGGAUGAAGGUGAGAUCGAUGAGGAAGACAACUAUGAUUAUGACAGUGAUUGGUACUGGGAUGAUGGAACUGGAAAACUCACCAAGGGUUGUACCGGGAAUGGAGGCAGUAACCCUCAGGCAAAUCGUCAGACUUCUAACUACAAUUCUGCCAAAAUGUCUACGCCAAUUGACAAGUCCUUGCAAAAAUUUGAAAAUAAAAUCAAUCUAAAUAAACUGAAUAUUACUGAUUCUGUCAUAAAUAAAGUCACCGUAAAAUCUAGACAAAAAGAAGCAGAAUCGUGUCGCAUUAAAGAUAAGUCCGAUAGAGCAACUGUGGAACAGGUUUUGGAUCCCAGGACAAGAAUGAUUUUAUUCAAGAUGUUGGAUAAAAAAGACAUAUCAGAGAUACAUGGCUGUAUUAGCACCGGAAAAGAAGCUAAUGUAUACUAUGCUACCACAGACAGUGGAGAGAGCAGAGCAAUCAAAAUAUACAAAACUUCUAUUUUGGUGUUCAAAGAUCGUGAUAAGUAUGUAACCGGAGAAUUUAGAUUUCGUCGUGGCUAUUGUAAAGGAAACCCUAGAAAAAUGGUGAAGACAUGGGCAGAAAAGGAAAUGAGGAAUUUAUCCAGGCUAACAACAGCAAACAUACCAUGUCCUAAACCAAUCAAGCUAAGAAGUCAUGUUCUUCUCAUGGGCUUCAUUGGUAAAGAUGACAUACCUGCACCACUUUUGAAAAACGUCCAUUUGUCAGAAUCGAAGGCCCGGGAGUUGUACCUGCAAGUCAUUCAGUACAUGAGGAAAAUGUAUCAGGACGCUAGACUUGUCCAUGCGGAUCUCAGUGAAUUCAACAUGCUGUACCAUGGUGGAGAUGUGUACAUCAUUGAUGUUUCUCAGUCUGUGGAGCAUGAUCACCCACAUGCAUUGGAGUUCUUGAGAAAAGACUGUGCGAAUGUCAAUGAUUUCUUUUUCAAAUAUGCUGUCGCUGUGAUGACUGUUCGGGAGCUCUUCGAGUUUGUUACGGACCCUUCCAUCACCCUUGAGAACAUGGAUGCUUAUCUUGAAAAGGCCAUGGAAAUAGCAUCCCAAAGAACCAAGGAAGAAAAGACUAGCCAAGAUCAAGUGGACGAAGAGGUGUUCAAGCAAGCAUAUAUUCCCAGAACCUUGAAUGAAGUGAAAAAUUAUGAGAGAGAUGUGGAUAUAAUGAUGAGGUUGAAGGAAGAAGACAUGGCUUUGAAUACUCAACAAGAUAAUAUUCUAUACCAGACUGUCACGGGAUUGAAAAAAGAUUUGUCAGGAGUCCAGAAGGUCCCUGCACUUCUAGAAAGUGAAGUUAAGGAAGAGACUUGUGAUUCAGAAGAUGCUGGAAGUUCCGAGUGCUCUGACACAGACUCCGAAAAGCAGGGAGAUAAUGUCCAACGCAAGAAACACACUGCUGACCCUGACAUUGAUAAAAAGGAAAGAAAAAAGAUGGUCAAGGAAGCCCAGAGAGAGAAGAGGAAAAGUAAAAUCCCUAAACAUGUGAAAAAAAGAAAAGAAAAAACAGCCAAGGCCAAGAAAGGCAAAUAGAAUGCAGAGCCGUGUUGUGGACAUUCCUCAGCUACUUUCUAAACCUCAGGUAGAAGCUGUAGCUGGAGGACGGCUUCUUGACUGCACCUGAGUCUCUACCAUCUCUUCCUUUGGGGACGACUGCAGUGUGGCCGUGAUUGCCUCAAAAGCCCAAAGCCCACAAUGUCGGGAUCCAGCCACUGGCUCUGCUUUUAAUAGAUUAAAGUACUAUUUUAAUGAAGAACUUUGUACACUUUAUUUUUAUAUAUUUUCUCCUGCAAACUUUUUCAAAAGCAUCGUAAAUAUUUAAAUGUGACCAUCCACAACUUUUAUAAAAGUGAACAUAAAGGCAUUUGGACAGACUUGGGAAUAUUUGUUUUCUUUGUACAUGCUGAAGACAUGUCUGAAAUCAACUGAUUUCCACGCUGUGACAUUUAGCCUGGAGUUCCACUUGUAAGAGAAGUCAUGUGGCCACGAUGUUGAUGUUCACAGCAGCUCUGUUCUUGUCAUAUGAUCCCACUUCAUCUUUAAUAUGUCUUUUCUAGCUAGACCUCAUCUCAUCAGCCAUUUCACAUUCAGCCAUUUGUCAUGUUCAUUUGAGCAUCUAACAUUUAAGGUACUGGGAUAUAUCAGUGAAUAAAAUAAAAUUACUUCCUUUGAA